AUGCACUUUCUCUGGGCACUGCAGAUCCUCAGCGUGAUAUCACUUGUUUAUUCUGCACAAUCUGAGGGCAACAAGCGUGAAAAUGAAACUGUUAUGGACUCGUUUAUUAAGAGUUACGAACCUCUUGCAUCAAAGCUGGAGAGCGAGAAGGAGUUGAUCGUUAUGCUUGGAGACCCAUUGGCUGGAAAAAGUACGCUGAGCAAAUUUUUGCGCAGAGACAAAACCCUUUCCAUCAAAAGAAACGAACAGCGAGAACUAAUUUUUGCCGACAACAAUGCCACAAUCUGCAGCAGCGACAGUUUUACCAAACAUUCAAUCUACCCAAAUAUUAAUUCGGACGAAGAAUACGGAACGACGAUCGUGGAUUUGCCAGGAUUGGACGAGCCGCGCCAUGCUGAAAUUGAUUUCGUCAGCACAUUUUUCACUAGAACUAUAUUUAAGACGACCCGGCAAUUGAAAAUUGUAAUUGUAACUCCAGAUGCCAAUCUGAAACUGAAUUAUUACUUGACGGCAUUCACGAGUGUUCUAGAAAGAAUAAUGCGCAUCGUUGGGAGAAAUCACGUUUCGUUCAAAAAUUCCGUCGCUUUGGUAUCGACAAAAGUAGAUAAUUUUUUAACAGAUGAUGAUCAAAUUGAGUCGGUUAAAAUUUACACAGAGAAAGCGAAAGAGCACUUCCAGCGGCUGCGCGAAUCUGAAGGAAACGCAGCGAAAGCUGAGGAAAUAUCGUGGCAAAUAGCAUUUUUGUCUUACCUCCUCGAGGGGAACAAUUUUGGCAUUUUCCGAAGACCAUAUUGGGAGAGCGGUCCUUGGGACUAUCCCGAAUUGAAAAAAAAUUACGAUCGCAUGCGGAAGCUUAUAUUCGAGAAAUUGCAGUUUUCAACGCCCUACGUUGACGACUUUAAUGCUUCUUUUUCUGCAGCCACCAUACAAUUGGUUCACGAGAGGCUCAUUCCUGACGUGACGGCAAAAAUUAAAGAGCUUUCUGCAAACGUUUAUGAUAGAGCCAUCCGCGAUUUUGACCAAAGGUUAAUGAGGUGGAUUCCGCUGGAACAUCCAAUGAUAUAUAAUUUUAAAAAGGCUGCUCUCAACUGUGAAUUGUACAUAAAAAGCCUUGAAAAUAUCGGUCACACGUUCGAUGAAUAUCGUGAUUAUCUCACAGAAUUGAAUGAAACCUUGUGGGUUGAAAUGAAGUUUCAAGUUGGCAAGCUCCAUUCCAUUUUAGAGAUAACAGGACUAGAAAGAUUUAAACUCGACACUGAUGUAUUGCAGCUGUAUGGCUACAAAGCGAUGAUUCUGAAUUAUGUGGAAAAUAAAAGGAAAUUUCACACUAGCGUUCUAAACCUUGUAGAGCAACACGCGGAGAGGAAUUUCGGCUCGGCACCAGGAGACACAUACCCGCACAUGGAAAAUGUCACUUUAGAGCAUUUCAAGGGGACUUAACGCAUAGUUAAAUAGUUUUGAUAAAAAUAAGACUUAAGACAAAAUUCGAAUUACACAUAACUGUUAUUGAAUUAAUGUUUAUUUGGGAAAAAUUUGAUAAUGGCAUUGGCUUUAUUCUGUGCGAAAGUUUAUUCAGAUAGAAUGGUCAGCUAUAACAGCGGAAUUCUAAGAGGAAUAACUCAUCAGCAGUGUACUAUCAAAACAAAAUUCAUAACCAGCACGCACAGUAUUAACUUCGCUGCGAAUUCUGAAUCAGCGAUCUUUAAAUUUAAAAUAAAGUAACUAGCAACCUGCGUGUGUAAUUCCUUGUCUCUUUUAUUAAUUUCUCUAUUCAAAAUAUUUUUUACCAAAGCAUGCGAGAAUUGUCAGGGUUCGCCAAUUUUGCAAUGCGCAAAAAUGCAUCACUGGUUUUUUGCGCCAACAAAACCAACUGGAAAAACCUACCAGUUUUAGUUUUUCGGAAUUUUCCGAAUUCAGCUCGGAUGAGGUGUUUUGCGAACCCUGAGAAUUAAUACGCUAAAUUAUGUUUCCAAUUAUGAAAAGUUAGAGGUAUAGCAUGGGCUUGUUUGGAAUUUUCGGUUAAAGAGGCAGCCGUGAUAAAUUAUACGGAGCGCCGCUAACAAUAAUAGAGAGCAUGUUGCAUAACCAAACAGGGAGCCGCUGCAACCAUAGCGCGCGGGCAGGCCGUCCAACUUUUAGCAGUUGUGUGCAAUUAAUUUUAUUUCCCUUUUGGUGCUAGGUUUAAACCGAAGGGAUCAGGGAUGGAGUGUGUCACAUAUUCGGCAAUCUUUCCGAGUUAAUUAGUGGACUCAAAAGCAAAGAAUAUAUGUUUACCGCUCAAACUGUCAAAUAAUAAGCAAUCUAAAAGCAUAAUCCUUUUUGUCGUCAUUAUUUGUAUGUAUUUUCGUGUUUGUAAUGAAUAAAC